AUGCAGUACGUCAGAAGUAUAAGCGGUUCGGUAUCUAAGACAUGGAACUCCAUCAACCCGGCAACCCUGAGCGGUGCCAUCGACGUGAUAGUUAUUGAGCAGGCAGAUGGGACGCUGGCAUGCUCGCCGUUCCAUGUCCGAUUCGGCAAAUUCUCCCUCCUUCGGCCGUACGAGAAGAAGGUCGAGUUCAGCGUUAAUGGGGUGAAGCAAGACUAUGCCAUGAAACUAGGGGAAGGCGGGGAAGCCUUUUUCGUCUUUGAAACGACCGCCGAUAUCCCAGAGGACCUUCAGACUUCGCCAGUCAUAUCGCCCGCCGCAAGCCCACAGCAGUCGCCGGACGAGAUAAAUACUACCUUCACCUUGCAAGAGCCCGAGUACCUGGAUCUGACGUCAAAGUCGUUAACCCCUCCCAAGGCACAGCGCGCAAUAACGGAACCCUUGCUGGAAGGCGAGGUGGCCGCAACGAAGAAUGUACUCGACCCAAGCCCUAAGCUGGACAGGCCUCGAUCGGAGGAUGGGCUGGAAGCUCCCCGCGCCAAUGUCUCAAGUGUGCAUAGCUCGCCGCAGACGAUGCGGUCUCAGAGCCCUCCCCCGAUAUCACGCCAGGAGGCGUACUCCCGAGCGAUCUCGCUGUCCAAGAAGCUAUCCGGCUCGAAUAUUCCUUCAAAGGUAACCGAGAGUGGAGAUCUCAUGUUGGAUAUGACAGGGUAUAAAAGUAGCGACGACGACGCUCUGCGCGCAGAGGUAGUAGCCCGUAAGAUCCUCGCAGAAGAGCUCGAGGGUAACUACGAUAUCGGUGCUCUAAUCGGCGCCGAUGAGCAUGGCAAUCUAUGGAUCUACAGCAGUGAAGAGGCCAAGGAGGCUGCUGGCCGAAAGGCUGCCUAUAGCUCCUUGCAACACCAUAACGGUAUGGCGGACGACGCUGUCUUCGAUCCAGGAUACCAGAGCGAUAACGAUCAGAUGGACUACGAGGACCGCCCUCAGAAGCACGUCCGUUCCCAGUCGGAUGCGCAGUUGGAAUAUCCGACCCCGCCGCAGACCCCUACCGAUGACCGGCCCGACAGAGGUCGCAGCUAUGCGAAGACGCUUCGGUUGACCAGCGAUCAGCUAAAGGCACUCAACCUCCAGCCUGAUGCCAAUCCGAUAUCCUUCAGUGUCAACAAAGCAGUGUGUCCUGCCACCAUGUAUCUGUGGAGCUACAAGGUUCCUAUCGUGAUAUCUGAUAUCGACGGAACGAUUACAAAAUCUGAUGCUCUCGGACAUGUUUUGAACAUGAUUGGGCGAGAUUGGACUCAUCUGGGUGUUGCAAAGCUCUACACUGACAUCGCCAGCAACGGAUACAACAUCAUGUACCUAACGAGUAGAUCCACCGGCCAAGCCGACACUACACGAGCAUAUCUCAAAGGGAUUUUGCAGGACGGCUAUAAGCUGCCCCAGGGCCCAGUGAUCAUGAGCCCCGAUCGAACGAUCGCCGCAUUACGGCGCGAGCUAUAUAUCAGAAAGCCAGAAGUGUUCAAAAUGGCCUGUCUGCGUGAUAUCCUGAGUCUGUUCGAGGGCAGGCAGAAUCCAUUUUAUGCCGGCUUUGGUAACCGUCUCACAGACGCGUUGAGUUAUCGGACCGUGAACAUCCCUUCAACCAGGAUUUUCACCAUCAAUUCAAACGCAGAAGUCUCGCUUGAUCUUCUCAGCUUGACCAAAUAUAAGAGCAGUUAUGUGACCAUGAGAGAGCUGGUAGAUCACUUUUUCCCGCCAGUGAGCACGCUCGUACAAGAUGGCGGCGAAGAUUUUACAGACUUUACAUACUGGAGAGACCAACCUAGAGAGUUGGACGAGUUUUCACUCACCGAAUCUGAUAUCGGGUCCGAUCGAGCCGACGAUGAUGAAUCAGACGUUGGCCACCACGCAGAUAUAGGAGAGACAUAUAUAUCCCGUGACUCGAUAGAAAUGUCAGGCGAUAUGAACGAUUCUAUCCUUGAUUCUAUAUCCGAGGACAUGGAGGAUAUUUCCGAAUAUGAGUACGAAGAAGAUGACCGCCGAAUGUCUGAUGAGGUUCCCAUGCGGUCGAGCGGGACAGAUGACGGCUCAAGGAUACCCAAAACGCCAGACGGGGCUUCGAGGAGCCUUCCCAUCCGCUAG